AUGGCCGCCGCUGCUGGCGUCAUGGCAAUUCUAGAGUCGACUUAUAAUAGCCUGGAUCUGGAAGCCAUUCUGGAGUUAUAUGCGGACGACGCCAGAUUCUCAGCCCAUUUAUUCGGGCUGGUAGGAGUCGACAAGACAUGGAUUCGAGCAUUCUAUUCUGACUUGAUCGAGUACAACGAGAACGUGGAAUUCGUCACUCGGUGUGUGACUGGGACGCCUGAUUUGACGAUUUGGGAAUGCGACGUGAAAUGGACGGCGAGGCUGCCGUCGACGGCGCUGGGAACUGUGAGGGGAGAUAAGGUGGUGAUGAGGGGGGUGUCGUUGCUGAGCUGGAGGGACGGCUCGAUUGUGGAACAGAAGGAUUAUUUCCAUAUUGCGCAGAAGGGGUGA